AUGGAAAAUAUUUCAAACAAACCAACGUGGAUGAACGACGAAUUUUUUACAACUGUUGUAAAACAUCAUUCAUCAGAUGUAAAAGCAAAGUUGAUUAAUUUUGUUAUCAAACCAGACUUAGCACUUGGAGAGCAUGGAGGUUCGUCGAUGUUUCGAGGAGAUAUAAAUUAUUCGACAAGUUUCCAGCCUAACAAUGUCUUAUCAGUUGUGAUAAAAACUGAAGCCAUUCAAGGUGAUCAUGCUGAAUCUGUUAACACUCUACCGUUAUUUGAGAUCGAACAGGAAAUGUAUGGCGGGCCUUUGAUGGAUAUCAAAAGUCUUCUUGAAUCUGUUGGUGAUUUCUGUAACAUCUCUCCCAAAGUCAUUUAUCAAGCUCAGAAACCUCAUCGUGUUAUUGUGUUGGAAGAUUUAGGAGUUUAUGGCUAUGCAAAAAUAACUCAACCCCUCGAGAACUUUGAAGACACCAAAAUGGUUUUUCAACGUUUGGCGAAAUUCCACGCUGCAAGUUAUUUUCUUUUAAAUGAGAAGAAAGCUGACUACAGUAAUUUCAAGCUUUCAAUAUAUCACAUUGAAGAACCUUUAAUUCGUUAUCAGUUUUUAACUGAGCCAAUCAUCAUCUUCAUGGAGGUUCUAGAGUCAUGGGGUGGUUACGAAGACUAUAUAAAGAAACUUAAAACGUUUUGCGAAAGUUUUAUUGAGAAAGGAAAGCAAUUGUAUACUCCCGACAUCAACGGUUAUAACGUUCUGAAUCAUGCAGAUUUUCAUAUCAAAAAUCUGUUAUUCAAGACGAAUGAAGACAAAAUUGAAGAUUUAUACAUGUAUGACUUUCAAAUAAGUAUCCUGGCAAGUCCGUGUGUGGAUUUAUUUUAUGCUUUGUACAAUGCAAUCUCGGAUGAAAAUCGUCGUACUCGUCGGGACGAGAUUAUUUGCUACUAUCAUUCAGAAUUUUCAAAAGCUUUAAAACAUUUCGGUUAUAUUGGAAAGAUUCCAUCACUUCUUGAUUUAAAUUUAGCUUUGAUGAAACAUGGAGCAGUUGAAGUUGUCAAAUGCAUUUGUUUUAAAAUAUUUUUCUUUGCUAAUACUGAUGAAAUAUUUGGAACGUCAGAUUCUAAGGAAAUCAAAAGAAAAAUAUUUAAUAAUCCACGAUAUAAAGAAUUCAUUCUAUCAGAACUACCAAGACUUGUGCACUUGGGAUUUUUAUAG